GAAAUAGAGAAGCAAGGAGUUGAGAGAGCAGUCAUGAUAAUCCUGGAAGUGGCGAGGUGAAUUAUCUACGAGAGUAGGGACAUGGAGCUGAACUCUGUUCUGUGCCCCAGCUCAUUGUUACCACUGUCCAUCUCCAGUAGUAGCCUUGUUCCAAGUUGUCCGAAAUGCAGGCUGCACUGAACUUCUUCGGCUCCACGAACCACUCAAGGCAGAGCAAGGGUGUUAAAGGACCCAGUUUUGAAGUGAAAUUCGAUAGUGAAAGCUCCAUUCUUGAGUACCCAGAUCGUCUUAGAACCGGAGAAGAACUUUCAGGCGAGUCUUACAACCAAUUGAUUCGUGAAUAUUGUAGAGAAGGGAAUGUAGACACGGCCAUGACUCUUUUGGCUCGGUUGGACGCCAUGGGCUUUCAUCCUAGCUUCGUUUCUUAUGCUUAUUUGAUUGAAGCUAUUGGUAGUGUUGGUAGGACUUUAGAAGGUCAUUGUCUGUUUCAAGAAAUGACUUGGGUUGAGUUUGAGCCAAAAGUAAAGCUUUACAACGUUUUGCUUAGAGGGUUUUUGCUAAUUAGGGACUGCGGUUGGAGUGUUGACUGUAAUGGACGAAAAGGGUAUUCAGAGGAAUCGAGAAACUUAUGAGAUUCUCUUGGAUUACUAUGUCAAAGCCAGGAGGUUGGAUGAUACUUGGUCUGUAAUCAAUGAGAUGAAGCCCUGCAAGUGUUUGGUAAAUAGUAUAGACACGUUUGGUAAAUAUGGCGACCUAGGAGAAGCCCUGCAAGUGUUUGAGAAAAUGAAAGAAGAAAAUGUGAAGCCUAAUAUAACAACUUGGGUUCUGGUUUGAGAGUUGAGACAUGUUGAUUUUAAAGAUCUUGGAUAAACCCAAGUUUGGAAGUCUUGCAUAAAUGGAAUUGUAGCAAUAGGUGGAUAGGAUGCCCCUGUUUACAAUAUUUCUCAUUUGUUUGUUUGUUUUUUUUUUGAUAAAGCUCAUGGUCAGCACAU